ACACUUCAGUAAAAUAUUGUGCAUAUAAAAACAAUACAGUCAGUGAAAAUGGCGUCUUUAGAGCCGUUGCAAAAUAAAACAUGGGAUUUAUCGCUUUACGAGCUAAACCGGACUCCGCAAGAGGCAAUCACGGAUAAUACCGAGAUUGCUGUUUCUCCCCGCAGUUUACACAGUGAGUUGAUGUGCCCAAUUUGCCUGGAUAUGCUGAAAAAAACGAUGACCACAAAAGAGUGCCUGCACAGAUUUUGCUCCGACUGCAUAAUCACCGCACUUCGUUCCGGUAACAAAGAGUGUCCAACGUGUCGAAAGAAACUGGUUUCAAAGCGUUCAUUGCGACCAGAUCCGAAUUUUGAUCUGCUUAUUUCAAAAAUUUAUCCAAGCAGGGAUGAAUAUGAAGCGCACCAAGAGAGAGUGUUGGCAAAAUUUAAUCAAAGUCACUCGCAACAAGCACUCGUGCAUUCAAUCAAUGAAGGCAUUAAACUUCAAUCUCAAAACAGGCCAAACCGCAAACAGAAAAGCGAAAAUGACUUAGCAGCUUCAGCGGCGAUCAGCGCAGGGUCCUCUGUAUCUCCAUCAGUUCCCACAGCAAAUCCUCCCAUUGGACCAGCAAACCCACCAGUAAACAAUCCUCCAUGUAUUAGUAAUACAAGUUCUAAUGCACCAACCAAUGGCAAUGUUGGAGAACUUGUUAACCGCGAAGGAUCUUCCAAUAGCCAGGUCGGUGAAUGCCUCAGGCAAUCAUCAAAUCCUCCAUCUGUCAGGAGCACACCUUCACCCGUUCCUUCUAACGUUAGUUCCGCUAGCAAAGCAAAACGGGCACGAUCAGUUCUCACAUCGGAAAAAUCUGAGGAAUCUGAAAGCAAUAGUGAGAUGGAUGGCAGAACUGAGGAAAACGAUUCCAACUUGGACACUGAGGGCGAAGGGAAUUCCGAACAUGGAAGUGAUGAAAUUGAAUUAGUAUUUAAACCUCAUCCAACCGAAAUGGCUGGAGAUAAUCCGCUGCUAAAAGCACUGAAGGAAAAUUCAGUACGAUAUAUAAAAACAACUUCGAAUGCAACAGUCGAUCAUCUAAGCAAAUACUUGGCUAUGCGACUUACGCUGGAUCUGGAAACGGAAUUACCCGAAGCAUAUCGACUCGUAAACUUUUGCAUUUAUAUUGCUCCUCAACCAUCGCAACUUGUAGUGCUGAGCGGCAAUCAGGCGCUUUCUCAGGUCAAUGAAAAGUUUUGGAAGGUUAACAAACCAUUAGAGAUGUACUAUUCUUGGAAAAAGUCAUAGGGAACCGCUUAGCAGUUGAAGAGCUGUGGAUAAAAGAAAGAAGAACGCUAUACAUUUUUAGUGUUUGGUUUGAAAAGCAAGAAUUGUGCUCCGAAACGCAACCAUUUUCGUUUCGCAAUAAUGUAGCGGUAUUAAACAGAAUGUAAGUAGAAAUGCUUAUGAGUAAAUUGAUUAUUUUCUAUUGAAUCUGAUGUGUAAUAGAAUUUCUUUCAAUGUGUA